CUGAGUGAAUUUGUCCCUCCUGUCUGGCACAAGUUUUGCGCCAAUUUCUUAAAAAAAAAAAAAAAAAAAAAAAACAGUAGCAGUGAGUAGCCAAGUCGGUAGUAGGUCUUUCAGAGGAGGUACAUAUCCAACGGAUUGGCAGCGUUACUGUACUUGCUUUCAUCAUCCCGGCGGUGAGAAACCCUAGAGAGACAGAGAGAGAGGAAGAGGAGGAGAAGAGACGUACAUGGCGGAGACGGAGGCGGCAGAGGAAGAGACGAUGAUUGGACCGGGUCCCGCCCAGCGGUCGCGGCCCAAGCGCCCUCUCCAAUUCGAGCAGGCUUACCUUGAUUCCCUUCCUUCCGUCAACAUGUAUGAAAAAAGUUAUAUGCAUCGUGAUGUGGUAACUCAUGUUGCUGUCUCUGCAGCAGAGUUUUUCAUAACUGGCAGUGCUGACGGGCACUUGAAGUUUUGGAAGAAAAAGGGACUUGGCAUAGAGUUUGCCAAGCAUUUCAGGUCUCAUCUUGGACCCAUUGAAGCGCUGGCUGUCAGUGUUGAUGGAUUGCUAUGCUGCACCAUAUCAAGUGAUCGUUCUGUGAAAAUAUAUGAUGUGGUCAACUAUGAUAUGAUGGUCAUGAUACGUAUUCCAUAUAUAGCUGGUUCUGUUGAGUGGGUUUACAAACAAGGGGAUGUCAAAGCCAAGCUUGCUAUUAGUGAUCGAAACUCUUCAUUUGUACACAUCUAUGAUGCAAGAAGUGGUUCAAAUGAACCCAUCAUCUCUAGAGAGAUACACUUGGGUCCUGUAAAAGUUAUGAAAUUCAACCAUAUUUUCGAUACUGUUAUAUCUGCUGAUGACAAGGGAAUCAUUGAGUACUGGAACCCUGCUACACUCAAGUUUCCAGAGGACGGGGUGAAUUUCAGACUGAAAAGUGAUACCAAUCUCUUUGAAAUUGUGAAAUGCAAAACAACUGUUUCUACCAUUGAGGUGAGCCCAGAUGGUAAGCAAUUUUCCGUCACUUCUCCUGAUCGUAAGAUACGCGUUUUUUGGUUUAGAACAGGUAAACUAAGAAGAGUCUAUGAUGAAUCUCUGGAGGUGGCACAAGAUCUCCAGAGAAGUGAUGUUCCCAUGUACCGGCUGGAAGCUAUUGAUUUUGGACGAAGAAUGGCUGUAGAGAAGGAAAUCGAAAAAACAGAAAAUGCACCGCAACCAAAUGCAAUUUUUGAUGAAAGCUCUAACUUCCUCAUAUAUGCAACCCUCCUUGGGAUUAAAGUUGUAAAUUUACAUACAAAUAAAGUUGCCCGAAUUCUAGGAAAGGUGGAGAACAACGAUAGAUUCUUAAAAAUUGCCUUGUAUCAAGGUGACCGGAGCAGUAAAAAAGUAAGGAAAAUCCCCGCCACAGCAGCAAAUGUUAAUGAGGCCAAAGAACCUUUGACAGAUCCCACUCUCUUAUGCUGUGCCUUCAAAAAGCACAGAAUCUAUUUGUUCAGUCGGAGAGAACCAGAGGAACCUGAAGAUGCAACUAAAGGAAGAGAUGUGUUCAAUGAGAAGCCUCCUGCUGAUGAACUUUUGGCUGUAUCAGACAUAGGAAAAGCUGUCACAACAUCUCUUCCAGAUAAUGUGAUCUUGCACACCUCAUUGGGUGACAUUCAUAUGAGGCUUUACCCUGAAGAAUGUCCAAAAACUGUGGAGAACUUUACUACUCACUGCAGAAAUGGCUACUAUGAUAAUCUGAUUUUUCACCGGGUCAUCAAAGGCUUUAUGAUACAGACAGGAGAUCCUUUGGGAGAUGGUACUGGUGGGCAAUCUAUUUGGGGAAGGGAAUUUGAAGAUGAGUUUCACAAAAGUUUACGGCAUGACCGGCCUUUCACUAUUUCAAUGGCAAAUGCGGGGCCCAACACCAAUGGUUCUCAAUUUUUUAUCACUACAGUGGCUACUCCAUGGCUGGACAAUAAGCACACUGUUUUUGGUAGAGUUGCGAAGGGUAUGGAUGUUGUACAGGCUAUAGAAAAAGUAAAGACAGACAAGAAUGACAAGCCAUACCAAGAUGUAAAGAUCUUAAAUGUGACUGUUCCCAAGUCAUGAAGGAUUCACUUGUUUACUUGUUCAAACUACUGUGAUGGUCCUCCCUAACAAUCACUGUCUGAAAUAAUGUUCAACACUGUGUUCUUGAAGACAUCUGCAUGGCUGGCUAGCUCUGCCAUUUCAUUUGCACCUGGGUUCGAGAUUAAUUAAGAGAGAUUUUCUCCCAAAAUGUAAUUGAGAGUCAACAUCUCUAGAGGGCCUUGAGGGUCUCACCUUGCUGAGGUUUGAAUUAUGCGUCGUUGUUGACAAAAUGUUGUAUCAGCACGUAAUUUGAUAUUCAUUUUGGGGAUGGAUAUUGUAAACAAAUAGAUUAAGAUGUUGUGACAGUGCGCAGGGCAUGGAUCAGCACCGUGCCGACUCAGAUACUAAAAUGAAUUCUUAAAUUUUGGGCUUUUUUGUUUUCCUUCGUAGAGGCUUCUGUAUUUAGCAUUCAGGCUUUGAGCGUGUUGGUUAUCGUUUUGAAGUUAUAGCUCGCGCAUUUAGCCCCCAAUGAUUUUCUAGUUCGUGUUGGGAGACGGUGCUGCUGAAUGGCACAAAAAAACCUAAUCAGUGAAGAUUCCCAUUACGUGUACUACUUCCAAUGACUCUGGAACAUAUGUUACUGGUUAGGUUGAUUUAUUAUAUGUUAAAUUGAUCAGGCCUAGUCCUGGUCACGUUUUACUU